AUGGCUUCAUCUGAGGGCACUAUAAGGAUUGGCUACGUGCCAGAGCACUAUCUAACUCCUCUUCACCUUGCCCUCAAGUCGACUAUUUCCUCUCUCCCAUUCAAAGUGACCAUCAAGGCAUUUCCCUCCGGAACUGGGCACAUGAUUACAUCCCUUCGCGCAAAUGAAAUCGAUAUCGCCAUCGGGCUAACUGAGGGCUGGGUCGCCGGAUUAGUAGGCAAGACGCAGCUGGAAAAGGGCGACGUUGAUGGAGGAUAUAAAAUGGUAGGAGAAUGGGUGGAAACACCUUUGAGAUGGGCUAUCGUGACAGGCCGUAAUCGAAAUGAGAUUAACGGCGUGAGCGACUUGAAAGGGGGACGAGUCGGGGUGAGCCGAUUAGGGAGUGGCUCUCACAUCAUGUCAUUUGUUCUAGCACAACAACAGAACUGGUCGUCGACUGUUUCUCCACUUAGAUCCGUUAUACUAGGACCUUUCCCAUCACUUCGGGAUGGAGUUAUCGGCGGCGACCCUGCGGCCCCAGAUGCGCCUCUAGCACCGUCUGCCGAUUUCUUCAUGUGGGAAGAAUUCACUACAAAGCCAUCCUUCCACCCAUCGGAAUCAACCCCGAACCCGCCACUGAAAAAGAUUGGGGAGAUCUUUACUCCUUGGCCUUCAUGGCACAUUGUUGCUUCAACCUCCACGUUUCCUUCUCCAGCAAAUGAUGCGAGACUCUCCCAACUUUUCGAGGCAUUGGAUAGUGGUAUUGCUGCCUUUGAGGCCGACAGGGAACACGUGGUCAAAUUGUUGGGCACGGGAGAAUUAGGUUGUACAUACAAUGAAACUGAUGUUAGGGAAUGGCUUAAGGAUGUACGGUUUGUAAAGCGCGGGACAAGGGGCGUUGAUAAUUCGGUUGUUAGUGGGGUUAUCGACAUCCUCAAAGUCGCAGAUGUUAUCCCAAAGGAUAUUGGAAAUAAUGAUGCGAUUGAGAAGGUCGUGGGGAUUUCCAAAUAG